UUCUUAAUUGGCCUAUUUAUCUAUAAAAACCUUCCCACACCUCUGUUCUUCAAUUACACACAAAAAUGAACAACUUUGUUAAAAAAUCCCAAAAUCUUUGUACUUUCUUUCCCAACAACUUCAACUUUCAUAGAUCCUUGUCUCGUUCUCUAUCCUUCCAAUUAAACUCCUUUUUUAUUCAACUCUUUUAUUUCAUUAUCCUUUCUCUGUUUGGUUACUUGGGUCUCAAGUUUUCAAAGCCAAGGACUUGUUUUAGACCCAAAGAUUUUGAUCUUUUUUACACUUCUGUUUCUGCUUCCACAGUUUCUAGCAUGACAUCAAUAGAAAUGGAAGUUUUCUCUAAUUUCCAACUCAUUCUUCUUACCUUUCUUAUGUUAGCAGGUGGAGAAGUUUUUACUUCCAUGCUUCAACUUUUUUUAGCUAGAUUCAGUUUCACUCAAAAUCAGUGUGUCAAAAAUGAAUAUAGUAGCACAACUCUUUCAUUGAAACAUGAUCCAUCACACAAUCAGAUUAAUCAAAUUGAACUUGGUUUAGUUUCUAUUCCUCAUCACUCAGAAAACCAUACACAGAAUCAUCAUAAUUUUAAUGAUAAAGAUAAACUUAAGUAUAAUUCUCUUAGGUACCUAAGUUAUGUAGUUUUGGGUUACCUUAUGUUGAUUCAUUUUUUUGGCUUUAGUUUAGUCACCUUUUACUUAACUUAUAUACCAAGUGCAAAAUAUGUAUUGAAAAAUAAAGGUAUAAAGAUAGAAACUUUUUCUUUAUUUCUCAUAGUUUCAACAUUUGCAAGUUGUGGUUAUGUACCAACCAAUGAGAAUUUGAUAGUUUUCAAGAAAAAUUCAGGUCUUCUUCUUCUUAUUCUUCCACAUGUACUAUUUGGUAAUACCCUUUACCCACCAUGUUUGAGGCUUUUCUUAAAGGUUAUGAAAAGUGUUACUAAAAGAGAGGAAUUCUCUUACUUGCUUAAGAAUUCAAAGGAAAUUGGUUAUGAUCAUUUGCUUUCUGGUAUACAUUGCUGGUUCCUACUUGUCACUGUCUUUGGUUUCAUUGUGAUACAAUUAGUAUUGUUUUGUUCCAUGGAGUGGAAUUCAAAUAUUAUGGAGGGUUUGAAUCCGUAUCAAAAACUUGUUGCGUCUUUGUUUCAAGUUACAAAUGCUAGACACUCUGGUGAAUCUGUUUUUGAUCUCUCUGCCAUCUCUUCAGCCAUAUUGGUCAUCUUCAUUGUCAUGAUGUAUCUCCCACCAUACACUACAUAUUUACCUUUAAGGGACCACGAAAUUAAUGAUGCAAAGAAAGACCAAAAAUGCUUAGUGGAUUGUCUUGUAUUCUCUCAACUCUCUUACUUACUUAUUUUCAUUAUUCUUAUUUGCAUCACUGAGAGACAAAGCUUAAAAGAGGAUCCCCUAAACUUCAACGUGUUCAAUAUCACCCUUGAAGUCAUCAGUGCUUAUGGGAACGUAGGGUUCUCAACAGGAUAUAGUUGUUCAAGGCAAUUGAAUCACAAUUCAAUGUGCAAAGAUUCAUGGAUUGGAUUUUCUGGUAAGUGGAGUACAAAGGGGAAGUUUAUCCUUAUCUUGGUUAUGUUCUUUGGAAGGCUCAAGAAAUUCAAUAUGAAUGGAGGCAAAGCAUGGCACCUGUCCUAGCUUACCUUACCAUGUAUAUAUAUAUGUUUAAUUAAUUGGUAUGUAUGAUUGCAAUAUGUCUUCUAGUGCUCAAAAGCAUGCAUGUGUUGACAUAUAUACAAUAAGGUAUAGAUAUAAUUUUAUAACUAAGCUACAUGCAUAUAUAUAACAUCAUGGACCAUAUAUGUCAAAUUAUAUAUGAUAUGUUUAAUUUGUAUCCUUCAAUUUUCAAUAUUGAUACUUGUGAUC